ACCACGUUCAUGUUACCUGCCACACCAGUAGCGACGCUGGGAGCCGAAACCGCAACCAGGACGGGAGAACUACUUUCUCGAGUCCACAUAAACAGCUGGCGAUUAUGAGGACAACGUUGCUGCUGACAGCCACCUGCCUGCUGGCGCUGGGUGACAGGUGUCUGGGGGCCAGGAUCCUGGCAGCGGUGCCGACCCCCUCCUUCAGCCACCAGCUGCCACUGAGGACGGUGCUGCUGGAACUGGCCAGGCGGGGCCACCAGGUCACCUUCAUCACCACCCACCCCCUUCAGGCUACCAUUGCAAACUACACUGAGGUUGACCUUUCAGAGAGUUAUAGAAACUUCAUAGAAAAUUUUGACCUCAAUGAACUACCAGAUGCAACGUCUCCUGUGGCAUUUUUUCAAAUGCUUCUUGACGGGGCGAGAUAUGGCUGCCAGUUUCAGUUUGGUUUGACACCUAUGAAAGAGUUCUUGAAAUUGGAGCAGAAGUAUGAUGUGUUCAUUAUAGAGAAAUUUGGCUUCACUUGCUAUUAUGGCCUAGCGCACAAAUUGGGGUCUCCACCGUUAAUUGGAUACACUUCUCUUGGAGCUACGUCACUUAUUCGGAAGACGUUCGGCAGUCCAAUUAAUCCUUCUUACAUUCCUGACUACAAUCUUGGAUACACGGACCACAUGACCUUCUGGCAAAGACUGUACAACGCUUACAUCUUACUGCGGUCGCUGGAUAUUGGACUGAGAGUUUUGUAUGCAAGAGAGGAAGCGGAACUCAGGAAGUAUUCCGGUCCGAACCCACCUACCCUGAGGGAAAUAGAUCACAAUUUCAGCCUCAUGUUGGUUAACAAUCACUUCAGCGUGAGCUACCCUGUGCCGAACACGCCAAAUAUCGUCGAAUUAACUGGACUCCACAUCCAGAAGGAGAGGAAGCCGCUGCCAAAGGAUGUGGGAGACUUCCUGGACGGCGCGAGGGACGGUGUGGUGUACUUCAGUCUGGGCUCCAAUGUCCGAAGCACCGCCAUGCCUCCAGAGAGAGUUCGCGCCUUCCUGGACGCUUUCGCUGGAAUCCCGCAGCGCGUGCUCUGGAAAUGGGAAGCUGAUCACCUACCCGGUCAGCCCGGCAACGUGAUGACCGCCAAGUGGCUGCCGCAGCAGGACGUGCUGGCACAUCCGAACGUACGCCUCUUCAUCACUCAGGGAGGACUGCAGAGUUGGAACGAGGCAGCUUAUUUCUCUGUGCCCGUCAUUGGUAUACCUUUCCUAGGAGACCAGAUUUACAGUGUUGAAAAGAUGGUCGGUUUAGGCGUUGGACGACGGCUGGAUUUAGAAGACGUCACGAAAGACAGUGUGAUGGAAGCCAUACAGACAGUUCUGGAAGACAAGAGCUACCAGGAGAACAUGAAGCGCUUCUCUGCCAUCUACCGAGAGCACCAGAGCACGUCCCUGGAGAGGGCGGUGUGGUGGGUGGAGUACGUGAUCCGCCACCAGGGGGCCCCUCACCUGCGCAGCGCAGCCCUCGACCUGCACUGGUGGCAGCUGCUGCUGCUCGACGUCAUUGCCUUCAUACUGGCUGUGGCGGCCGUCGCGGCGUUUCUCCUCUACAGGCUGACUCGGUGGCUGUUCACGUGGCUCACUCGUCGCAACAAACUGAAGAAACAGUGAGACUCUUCGGGUCUCAUGUGCCUUUAUCUUGGCAAUCACCAGUAUCUGUGGACCAGUCUGCACACAACCAAUGCAAUAUGUAUUUCGUGUAAUGAAGCUACUAUUGAAAUCGAAGAAUCAUGGCAAUACUUUAUCAGGAACUUAUAAAGUUUCAUAAGGAUCGUGUUAAUUGCAAGCAUUUAGAAACCAGUUUUCUACGAAAUCAAAUCAUUGUGUGCUGCCGUAUAUAUCGCUGAGGCUGCAUAUAGCUGUAGAUGUGAACAACCAAAACAUGCGUGUUGCCCAACAUGUGGACCUUCUGAGUAUAUAUUUGGUUAGCAUAAUAUAAAUCAAUGUCCUGUCUACCAUGUAGAAAUAUGUUGUCACUGAACUAACCACACCUCGUUAGUUCCUCAGCUCUCCAGAUAGCCCGCAUUACUGUCCUCAUUAUCACUGGAGCAAUCUAAAACGUCUCUGGCGUGAAAUUGAAGUUAUAUUUCUUUUAUAUUCCUUGCUUUGUUGCCUGUAAUAUGUGACGCCAGUUGUGGUACUGUUCAGAGAACUCACCAUAGCAGUAAGUGGCUGCGCUUACUGGAGCUCUGUGAAAACCCUCAUACUUUAUGAGGACGUGGGUUCGUGCUUUUUCUCUAAUUUCGUGAGUAUUGACCUUGUUUGUAUGCUGAUUUUCACCCUAGUGAAUAACGGAACUGGAGACACCCAGCGAGUAACGUAACGCAUCUCCACUCACCUUGAUGAUAGCUGUGACGAGUCAUGGCACGAAUUCAUGUGACACCGAAAUCAUUGUAGCUGUGUUGUGAUUGAAGACCUUUCAACCUCUGUCCAAAAUUUACAGGGAUUGUUUCGAGGCGUGCAAAUCACGCUCGAUGACGUCCCAAAUUUCUUCAACAGGAUCGAAGUCAGGUGAUUCGUAGGGGCACGUAGUCACCCUCAUCUGUCUGGACUGCUUCUCAAAAUAUUGUAACAUAAAGCAGGAGCGAUGAGAUGGUGUGAUAGGCUGUAGAUAAAUAAAAGGAAGCUUAUUAUUAGACUGCUGUUUUCUGUAACGUUUUUCAGAGAAAGACAGUGGCACAAUAUCAGAGGUUACUUA